CAAUAUUGUCAAUCGUUCAUUUGAUUCAGUAGUUCGAUUAAACGUGUUCCGAUACAACUCUACUGCUGUUUCGCCUACGCCAUUUAUUUGCAAGGAAAAAAUAAAUUAACAAAACAGAAGAAUCAUGCUGGCGCUUAUCAACAGAAUCCUGGACUGGUUUAAGAGCAUCUUCUGGAAAGAGGAGAUGGAACUGACGCUGGUCGGCCUGCAAUUCUCAGGCAAAACGACGUUCGUCAAUGUUAUUGCAUCCGGUCAGUUCGCAGAGGAUAUGAUACCCACAGUUGGUUUCAAUAUGCGCAAAAUCACCAAAGGCAACGUGACCAUCAAGGUCUGGGAUAUAGGGGGCCAACCACGUUUUCGUUCCAUGUGGGAACGCUACUGUCGCGGCGUGAAUGCAAUUGUUUAUAUGGUCGAUGCGGCCGAUUUGGACAAAUUGGAAGCGUCACGCAAUGAGCUGCACUCGCUGCUAGACAAGCCGCAGCUAAAUGGCAUUCCAGUGCUCGUCCUGGGCAAUAAACGUGAUCUUCCAGGCGCUCUUGACGAGACCGGACUCAUUGAGCGAAUGAAUCUGUCCAGCAUACAGGAUCGGGAAAUUUGUUGUUAUAGUAUUUCGUGUAAGGAAAAGGACAACAUCGACAUAACGCUGCAGUGGUUAAUUCAGCAUUCGAAAAGCCAAAGUCGUUAGAUUAUAGCCUAACACAAAAAACACACAAACACACACACACACAUUCAGAUAUACACAAAUUUAUGCACUCUCUCGCAUACACACUGAACAACUAACUUAAUUUGCAGUAUAUUAAUUUAAAGUAGACUGUUAAUUGAUGUAUGAGAAUGAUUCUAUGAGCAAAAGUUAUUGCAAUGGCUCGUUAUGAUUGUUGGCACGUGUGUUUGUAUGAUAAAUUGUAGAUCGUGUUCAGAGUGUUGAUGGUGCAGUGCAUAGAAUUCGCGUUAGGUGGGCGGGAGUUACUCGUCGUUAGGACCAAAAAUCUCGAAUUGUAAUUCACAAAUGACAAAGGACUAAUGAAAAAUAGCCAACGGAUUCUGUAUAAAAAUGAAUAUAAAAACGCAAGCAUACACACAUACCCACACACGCACACACACACAAAUAUAUACCCUUGACUUAUACAAUCACAUUGUACACAGCGAGAAAUCGCAAAGUAUUUUGCAUAAUGAUGUGCUUUCACCUCAUACAGCCGUUGAAUUUGGUGUCUAUCAAUUUGUUGCUUGUAUGAACAAUAGUUAGGCUUAUGUUUAGUGUUUUAUUGGUGUGAUUAUAAACUAUUAAUUUUUUUAUCAUUUUAUAUAUAUAUAUAGAGAUAUACAAAUACAAAU